ACGUCUUUUCUAUGAGACUACCGAUAAUAUAUUGGGUGGAGUCAUGCAUGUGAAAAUUAUACCACGAACUUGAAAAAGAAUGGUUAGUGUACUUAGCACAGUAAUACAGUAUACAUCAUUUGAGAUUUGGAGUAUGCUUUGUAGUAUAACAACAUUCCAUUAUGUAUGAAAGACAACAUUUUCUCUCGAAAAAAAAAGUUAGAGAGAGGUGAGAGAGUCUUUUCUCUCUAUCUUCUCUCCCCACCAACUCUUCGCUUCGACAUCUCCUCUCGCGUCUCGUUCCGGUGGCCGACGGAGGGUCUCUACCCGUCGGUUGCCACCCCGUUUCGUCACUGUUCCUAGUCUCUGCCCUCUCACACUUCCGUCUCCUCCACUUCCUCCUUGCUUCAUCUCCUCUGUUUAUCGUCGGGUUGCGGCCAGACUAGGCGAUUCAAACCGGUGGCUGUGGGUGUCUUCAGCUUCCCUAGAGAGAUGGCGAGGUCGUGGUGAGGCGGAUCUGAGCUGGAGGCGUCGUCAAGCUGCUAGAUCUAGGGUUUCGCAUAGAGUAGAUCUGGGUCAGAUCUCUCCCGGAGGGUUCGUCGGAGUGGCUCUGCGUCGCUGCCUUUGCCGUUCUGGUCAGUAUUCUGCCUCCACCGUCUCUCCCAUGUCUCCUCUUACGGCUGCUUUGGUAAGAACUUCCCCCUCUUGUUCCAAGUUGAAAAGGCGAUUCGAGACUCAUCGUCGGAGACUUUUUUUCUCGGUAAUGGUUCUUAGACAACCACCUGGUGUUUCUUUGGGUUUCGAUCUGUUCGGGUUUAGGUUGGAUUGGAGUUUCGUGCCGUUACUCCGUUUUGUCUAACUUCCUCAGACGGGUCUCUCCUCCUGUUUUGCCUGCUGUAAGGAGCUCUGGCUCCUCCGUUCUUCAAGCUUCAGAAGGAAGUUGGUCGUUGUCCUCUGCCUCUCUUGGUGUUAUGUUGCUGGAAUCCCUCGUGCUCUGCUCGCGUGGUGGGACCAGAGUCCAGCCAUUAAACCUCUGCUUCCACCAGCCAGUACUCCACCUUUGCUUCGUAUACCGGUUCUUUACAUCAGUUAGGAUUCUCAGAGUAUGGCGUGACAGUUUCUUGAGAUAGCAACGUCUGGAGUGGACAUCACUGCUUGCGAUGGCCGGACCAGGGCUUGCCGACCCUGCUUCGCAUGUCCUUCUUUCGAUGUCGCCUUCGGGAUGGUCUGCGGUGCCUCGGACCAUUCUCCGGUUGCGAUUCUCUAUUGGCCCGAGCUAUUUUGAUGCAGGUUCCAGCUUCAAUAUCUUCUCUCUGGUCUCAUGUUUGCUGAAUGGUUGUCUUAAGACCUGUUAAAAACUAGCUAAGCUUCUCGCAUCCUCAUGGUUGUGAUUGAACCUUAUUAGUCUUAGUGAGUCUUUUUACUCUUUUUGUGGCUUGCUAUGGCUUCAUUGCUCUCUCUUAUUGACUUAGCGACUUAGAUUAAAUAGGAUUAGAUUAGUCAAGUCCAUUGUAUCUCUUUGCCUCAUUAUUAAGUUAAUGAAAUUCACAUACUUAACAAAAAAACAUUCCAUUAUGCGUAAAGAAAGCUAUAUAAAUUGUUUUCAUGGACUCAUGACAUGAGAUAUCUUUAGAGCACCCGCAACCGUGGAUUUUGAUCAAUCCUUAGACCAAAUCCGUAGGAUUAGGGUAUUUAAAAAAAAUGAUAUUUAUGCUUAAUGGAGGAAGGACUGGGCCGUCGCGACGGUUUAGACGGAUCGAAUCCUUAGACACGUGUCUUCUUCUGAGUGGGUGCGUGGGCUAUGCGUUUGGGUGGGGUUAAAAAAAAAUCAUUUUCCAUCGAAACCGAAAAAAAAAAAGUUAAGGAGAGAAAGGCGAUUUACAGGCGAUCUCUCUCGAUCUCGCUCCCUCGGCUCCAGUUAAGGUUUACGAUAAUGGGACAAUACAGUUACAGCCAGCCAUCUUCAUCAUCAAACUCUCAAGACUUAAAUUCCCUCCUUCAAGCCGAAGCAGAGAUGUACGCGGCUGAAGCUGAGAUAAGUCAGUGGAAUGCAGAGGCCAUUCACAACGAACCAUCACCAGAGGGUGAUGAUGGAAUCCCCAGGACAUGCUACUGUGGGUCGGAGCCUGUUCACGGUUAUUCCCAAACUCCUAAAGAUCCAUACCGACGGUACAUUACGUGCCCCAAUGCUGAUGAUGGAGACUGCCACGUCUGGAAAUGGUGGGACGUGGCGGUCGAGGAGGAGAUGAGGGACAUUCAGACGGAGCUUAGUGAGCUUAAGGGUGAAGCCAAUGAGCGUGAGCAGAAGCUGCUCAUCCUUGAGAAGAGAAUAGGCGAGUUUACAAAGAAGAAAUCAGGAGCUAAGCUAAUGGUCUUUACCAUAGUUUUAGUAGGGUUGGUGUUACUUAUAAAUGUGCUAGGUUAGUUUCUUUAAUUGUUUCAUCUCGUUUACUCGCAAAAACAGAACCUCUCUCUGAAAUGGAAACCAGUCUUAAGCUCAAACUAAUGUCAGAAAUGUUAUGAUCUUUUAUUAAUCUUGCUUUUUAGGUAUUUUGUGUACUUGAUCACUCUGUUAUUUGAUCGAAAUUGAUAUUUUUAAAAAUGCUUACUAACUCUUGUCACUCUGUUUUGACAGGUUGACGCAUGUGGGAAGGAGUCACGGGUGCAUUUGGUCUGUAGCUCUUGUGGGAAGGAGUCACGGGUGUUGCAGGAGUCACGGGUGUUGUAGGAGUCACGGAUGACUCUGUUUCCUUUAGUAUAAGUAGUAGUGUUGUAGUUGUCUCUGAGAGUUUGUAUUAAUCAACUCUCUUUGUUUUCCUCGGAGCUGUUCUUAUCUACCACUGCACUGAAGUUUAGGUAAUCUACUCUAUUUGUUUUCAAACUUGGAAAAAAACGUGUAUCCUCUAUAUUUGAAUGAUUGUCUGAUCCCUUCUAGUAUUUGCUUGUUCGGACCA